CGGAUAGUGAGAUUCAGUGGCUGACGUUGGGUGCGCACUUUCCGCCGCGUCGGGUUCUAGUAGUCAAAAUGCUGCAUCCCUGGAACUGAAUUGCCGGGCUAGAUUGCGAGCGCGUCUCCGCAGUCGACGUCUUAGUUGUUACAUUUGCCUUGAGUCCGAUUCGGCUUGGGUUUUGGCUCUCUAUAUCCCUAUCGUCGUUGACAUCCUGCUAUCGUUGUUGCGCAGUUUUGCCGACAAAGCUCAAUAUUCCAUUCUCAAAUUCUUAGUACUUUUCACAUGUUCACUAGUUUUGUCUUUUGCAAUAUACCCUUCACAUCGCGUCGCAUUCCACUAUAAUCAAGCAUCAUGAGUGUUGCUCCACAACAGUUCCAGAGCGCACCGCUUCCUCCGCCAUCUGAACAUCAACCACAGCCCCACGCCGCCUCAAAAUCAAUACGACUCCCACCAACACCACCGGAGACAGUUGACGGCGAUGACAAUAAAUCCACGACAUCAACGAAUACAGAACCAGACUUCCCGCUACCGCCACCAGCGAACACUCCACCGCGGGUGCUAGACGUCGACAAGCCGACGCCAGACUCACAUGUACCGCGAGAUCCGAGACUAAUCCGGCUGACGGGCGUUCAUCCUUUCAAUGUCGAAGCGCCACUAAGCGAUCUGUUCAACGAAGGCUUUCUAACAAGCCCGGAGCUUUUCUAUGUACGCAAUCACGGUGCGGUUCCGGAGGUGCACGAUGAAGAGUGCAUAGACUGGGAGUUCUCGGUUGAAGGUCUUGUAGCAAAUCCGUUCAAGAUAACCCUGAGGCAAUUGUUAGACGAGUAUGAGAACGUGACAUAUCCCAUCACUCUAGUAUGCGCUGGCAAUAGACGAAAGGAACAAAACGUCGUAAGAAAGAGUCAAGGGUUCUCGUGGGGUCCGGCUGGUGUUUCGACUGCCCUUUUCACCGGUGUUGUCAUGAAAGAUGUUAUAGAACGAGCAAAGCCGCUACGAAAAGCGAAGUAUGUGUGUAUGGAAGGCGCUGACAAACUCCCAAACGGAUACUACGGCACAUCAGUGAAGUUGAACUGGGUGAUGGAUCCUAACCGGGGUAUCAUGCUCGCGCACAAGAUGAACGGCGAGAUGUUACGACCAGAUCACGGAAAACCAUUGAGAGCUGUUAUUCCUGGCCAAAUCGGCGGCCGUAGCGUGAAAUGGCUGAAGAAACUGAUUGUUACAGCUGAGCCAAGUGACAAUUGGUAUCACAUCUAUGACAAUCGAGUGCUGCCAACAAUGGUUAACCCAGAUGAAUCGGCGAAGAACCCGAAGUGGUGGAUGGACGAACGCUAUGCAAUCUAUGAUCUCUCCCCAAACUCCGCGAUUGCUUUCCCAGCACACGAAGAGAAGCUCAGCAUCGUAUCGGCCCCAGAGUCCUACACCGUCCGUGGCUAUGCCUACAGCGGCGGCGGACGCCGCGUGACCCGUUGUGAAGUCUCCCUCGAUAAAGGCAAGACUUGGCGACUCGCCACUAUCGAGUACGCAGAAGACAAGUAUCGCGCGUACGAAGACCGCCAACUCUACGGUGCAAGAUUGGAUAUGGACUGGCGCGAGACAUCUUUCUGCUGGUGUUUUUGGAGUCUUGACAUUGCGAUCGCUGAGUUAAAGGAGACGAACGACAUUCUAGUACGGGCAAUGGAUGAGGCAAUGUGUAUACAGCCAAGAGAUAUGUACUGGAGUGUGCUUGGUAUGAUGAAUAACCCGUGGUACCGCAUCGCAAUUCACAAAGAGCACGACACGCUGCGCUUUGAACAUCCGACACAACCCGCCCUCAUGCCCGGGGGUUGGAUGGAACGAGUCAAGAAGUCAGGUGGCAAUCUUACAAACGGUCACUGGGGUGAGAAGAUUGAAGGCGAAGAACUUGAAGCUGCCGGCAUUGAAGAGGUCAAGGAUAUCAAGAUGACGAAAGACGGCGUCGACAAGGUUGUCGGGAUUGAUGAGCUAAGAAAGCACGAUAAACCAGAGAACCCAUGGUUCGUAGUCAACGGUGAAGUCUAUGAUGGCACGGCUUUUCUCGAAGGGCAUCCAGGCGGUGCGCAAAGCAUCGUAAGUGCAGCAGGUCUGGAUGCUACUGAUGAGUUUAUGGCAAUUCAUAGCGAAACAGCAAAAGCAAUGAUGCCAGACCACCACAUCGGCAGCCUAGACGAAGCAUCCCGCAAGAUUCUCGCAGAAGGCGAGCCCACUCUCGAAUCCUCUGAACCGCGACCCGUUUUCCUAGACUCCCGCGUUUGGAACAAAGCGCUGCUCCAAUCCAAGAAGAAUGUUUCCUGGGACACCCGAAUCUUCACUUUCAAACUCGAUCACGAUGAACAAUCGCUUGGCCUACCAACCGGACAACAUCUCAUGAUUCGCCUACGCGAUCCUGUAACCCGCGAGGCCAUCAUACGCUCAUACACUCCCAUUUCACAGACAACGCAAAAGGGCUACUGCGACGUGCUCAUCAAGAUCUACGCCGACACGCAAGAUAAGGUGGGCGGCAGAAUGACCAAAGCACUCGACAGCAUCCCGGUCGGUCACUGGGUAGACUUCAAAGGCCCGAUCGGAAAAUUCGAGUACCUCGGUCGCGGUGUAUGCGCUGUAAAUGGUAAAGAAAGAAGAGUUAAGAGGUUCUUUAUGAUCUCUGGUGGGAGUGGGAUUACGCCAAUCUUCCAAGUUUUGCGCGCAGUCAUGCAAGACAAGGGAGACGCGACGCACUGCACAGUACUCAACGGCAACCGCCUCGUUGAAGAUAUUCUGUGCAGGCAGGAUCUGGACAUGUUUGCGCGCGACAAUGCAGAUCGGUGCAAAUUACUGUACACGCUUACACAAGGCCCUGACGAUUGGACGGGACUACGAGGGCGUAUUGGGGCGCCGUUGCUGAAAGAACAUUGCGGGAUCGCUGGAGAUGGUGAGAGCAUGGUUCUCCUAUGUGGGCCUGGGGCACUGGAGAAGAGUGCACAUAGCAUCCUCAAUGAGCAAGGCUGGAAAGACGAAGAUUUGUUGUUCUUUUAAACGGAGAUUUGAGAUAAUGGGAGUAUACAAAAGCGGGAUAUGAGACUUUGGGUUUUGGCAUUUCAAGCAUUGCUAUUCAAUUUUCAUCUUGUUCAAAUUGUAACGUGUACAUAUAACAUGGCUCAGGGGCAUCACGACGAACGGCCGUUCUUCAUAACAGCUAGGCCGUGUAGAAGUAUCCAUUAUCACCUUUGAAUGAAUUGCCCAAGUCCCCUGAAUCUCGUUGGACGAAGUCCUGGUUCUUCAUCACCCUCUGAGUCGCUCCCUUCAUCAUCAUAACACUGCU